AUGGCCAACGUGGCAGCAGAGCUGGCGAGGAGGAAGGCCCGGGUGGAGGACGGCACCGGCAGCCGGGGCAAUGCCGUCCCCUUCAACAACCAGAACUUUGAGCAGCUGCGUAGAGAGUGUCUGCAGUCCGGCUCUCUGUUCUGUGACCCGACCUUCCCGGCGGACUGGGACUCUCUGGGAUACAACCAGCUGGGACGCUACUCCUCCAAAACCAUUGGCACCGAGUGGAAGCGACCUGCGGAGCUGUGUUCUGAUCCUCAGUUCAUCGUUGAUGGAGCGAAGAGAACUGACAUCUGUCAGGGAGUGCUGGGUGACUGCUGGCUGCUGGCUGCCAUCGCCUCUCUGACUCUGGACCCUCAGAUUCUGAGCAGAGUGGUACCUCCUGGACAAAACUUCAGCUCGCAGUACGCCGGCAUCUUCCACUUCCAGUUGUGGCAGUAUGGACAGUGGGUGGAUGUUGUCGUGGACGACCGGCUGCCCUCCAGAGACGGGAAGCUGCUGUUCGUCCACUCGGCGGAGGGAGGAGAGUUCUGGAGUGCCCUGCUGGAGAAAGCUUACGCCAAGGUGAACAGUUCGUACGAGGCCCUGAGCGGAGGUUCGAGUAUCGAAGGUUUUGAGGAUUUCACCGGAGGAAUUGCAGAGAGCUACGACCUGAAGAAAGCUCCGCCCUUCCUGUUUAACAUCAUGAGGAAGGCUCUGAAGCUCGGCUCGCUCCUAGGCUGCUCCAUCGACAUUUCCAGCUCGCGUGAUACGGAGGCCAUCACCGGUCAGAAGCUGGUCAAAGGUCAUGCCUACUCCAUCACUGGAGCUCAGCAGGUUCUUCACUUUGGUUCUCCAGUAGAGCUGGUGAGGAUCAGGAACCCCUGGGGUCAAGUGGAGUGGACCGGAGCCUGGAGUGACAAUUCUAAGGAGUGGGAUGGAGUUCAGCGGGAGGAGAAGAAGAAGCUCGAUCACUCAGCUGAUGAUGGAGAGUUCUGGAUGUCCUAUACUGACUUCCUGCGUCAGUUUUCCCGCCUCGACAUCUGUAAUCUGACACCGGACACUCUGACCAGCGACUCCGUCGGUCGUUGGAGCUUUUCCGAGUUUGAGGGCGUGUGGCGGGUCGGCUCCACCGCCGGAGGCUGCAGGAACUACCCAGCCACGUUUUGCUCCAACUCUCAGUUCUUCAUCCGUCUGGAGGACGAGGACGACGAGCCUCAUGACGGAGAGAGCGGCUGCACCGUCCUGAUCGGCCUCAUGCAGAGAGACGGACGCAGGGAGAGACGCUUCGGACGAGACCUCAACACCAUCGGGUUCUCCAUCUACCAGGUUCCUGACGAGUUUAAAGGUCGCAGUGACAUCCACCUGGGCGCUGACGUCCUGCUGAGGAGGAACGCCGUGGCUCGGAGUCAGACCUUCACCAACCUCAGAGAAGUGAGCGACCGCUUCAAGCUGCCGCCGGGAGAAUACGUCAUCAUCCCCUCCACCUUCGAACCGCACCGCCGGGGCAGCUACAUCCUGAGGGUGUUCACCGAGAAACAGGCCCACACCACUCCGAUGGAAGAAAACAUAAACGCAAACAUCCAAGAGCCUGAUGUUGGAGAGAAAGACAUGGAUCCACACUUCAAACGUCUCUUUGUCCAGAUCUCUGGAAAUGACUCUGAAAUCUCUGCCUUCGAGCUCCAACAGAUUCUAGACAAAGUUGUUGCUCAGAGAUCCCAUGUUAAAACUGACGGCUUCAGUCUGCAGACCUGCAGAGACAUCAUCAGCCUGCUGGAUACAGACGGCAGUAGUAAACUGGGUCUGAUGGAGUUUCAUCGUCUGUGGAAGAAGAUCCAGAACUACCUGGAGAUCUUCAGGAGUCACGACUCGGACGGUUCUGGUACGAUGAGCAGUCAUGAGAUGAGAGCCGCUCUGGCUGAAGCUGGGUUCCGGGUGAACAGCUCAGUGAUUCAUCAGAUCGUUGAUCGGUUCUCUGACCGGAGUUUCUCCAUCGACUUCGACUGUUUCAUCGACUGUUUGAUCCGACUGGAGCUUCUGUUCAAGAUGUUCAGAACUCUGGACAAGAAGAACCAGGGGAUGAUCCAGCUGGACCUGCAGCAGUGGGUCUGCCUCGCCAUCAACUGAGCGCCGCCACUCCAGGAGCAUGCUGGGAGUUUCCACCUGCAGAGAUUAAAGCCUAAGAACAGCUGCUGUUGUUGUUUGUUUGAAUAAAUCAUCAUCAUCAUCAUCAGGAACAGGAAGUCUGUUUAAUGUGUUCAAUCAUUGAAAACUUUAUUCAUCGUA